AUGACACACUCUUCUAUUCUAGUAGUUUUCUGCAUUGGAAUUGUCAAUCUGAGUCAUGCCACUAAUCGAGAUUCAGUUAUGGAUAUGGUUAUAACGAAACUAGGACUCACUUUUUAUACUCAAGCACAACUGACAGUUAUAGCCAAGUGCUGUGAGCCUCAAUUCUAUGCAACCCCUAACAACAACACUGCAAUUUUGUCAGUUGCCAAGAACUGUGUGCUCCAAAACUCUGGAAACAAAGCUGUGCAGGCUUUGGCUCUUUAUAACAAUGUUGUUCAAGAACUGGUUCCACCGGUUGUCGCUCUAACUGAUCCACUGGUAAAACAAGUGAAGAAAACACUUUCUGACUGUAAAUCAACGAAUACUCAAACUGGAGAUGCAAAACAAGAAGCAUGUAUUCAGAAGGUUUACGGUGUUACAUUGGCUGCUCUCACAUUGAAAUACGUGGAUAAUGUAUGCACACAAAUUGUCAAUGAAAAUGUGUCACCUCAAGAAUGGACAUGUGGACUGAAAUAUAUUCCAAGUGUGCUGACUUUCAGUAAAUAUGCUUGUUCCAAGAUUGUCAAAAAUUAG